AUGAUUGCUAAAUCAUAUUUUUAUAGUGGUUCCUCAUCUGAUGACAAUAAAAAAAAUAAGAAUGAGAAUAUACAAAAGGGAUUUAUAUCCAUUGAAAAGAAAAAUGAAAAAACAUUAGAAUUUAAAAGAAGGAAAGUAAACAAAAUUAAUAAGAAGCUCACAACAGAUGAUGUAAAAUCUAAUAUUUUUAAAAAAAUUGAUAUGCCUGAGGAAGCAUCAUUUAAAAAAGACAAAGUUUCUAAAAGAUAUCUUAAUAACAAUGAAAAUGAAAAAUAUUAUAAGGAUAGAGAUAAAAUAAAAAUUAAAACAAAUAAUAUUAAGGAUAAAAAUGUUAAUCAAAAGUACAAUAUAUAUAAUUCUUCUACAUCAACAGAUAAUUCAGAUAUAGAUUAUUUAUAUAAUCAUAAGGAAAAUAAAAAAAAUGAGAAACACAAUAAAAGUGAUAGCUCAGAAAAUUCUAUUAAUAUAAGUAUUAAUAUAAAAAAUGAUGAAAGUAAUAAAUAUAAUUUGUCAAAUAAAGAAUAUUAUAAUCGUUAUUCAAAUAAAAAUUUCGAAAAAGAUGAAAAAAAAAAAAAAGAAUAUUACAAAAAAAAUAAUGAUAAAAUUUUGGAUGAAAUAUGGUACACUAAAGAAGAUGAAUUUGUUGAUUCGUUCUAUAAUAUGGAUAUUGAAGCUACCUAUGAAAAAGAAAAAAAAAUGAUAAAUAAUAUUAAAAGCCGAAUAAAUAGUAGUACAGGUAAAAAAGUGAAUCAAAAAAAUUUAGAUAAUAAUUUAUGGGAAUUAAAUAAAUUAAAACAAGGAGGUGUUACAUCAACUUACAAUAAAUUACAACUAGAAAAAAUUAAUGAAGCCAAUGUUACUAAUGAAAUAAAAAAAAUUGUAUUAACAAGAACAGUCAAUCCUCCAUUUAUAGAUAAAUUUAAAUCGUAUAAUAAAAGAAUUGGAAAUAUAGAACAAAGAGAUAAUUUUGAUUAUCAAAAAAGUGAAAAAAAAAAAUCUGAUAAUACUAAUAAUGAUAAAUAUUAUAAUAAUAAGCAUAUACAUUCCACCUCCUAUUCGACUGUAGUUAAAGAUGAAACAUGUGAUUUUGUAAAAGCAGCAAAAAAAGGUAGCGAAUUUUUAAAAUAUUUUAAAAGUGAAAACGAAAAAUCCAAAGCUAGAGAUAGAUACUGGGAAAUUAGUAAUAGCAAAUUGGGAGAGUUACUAAAAUUGUAUAAAAAUAAAAAAAGAAAUAUAAAUAAAAAUAUAAAUAAAAAUAUAAAUAAAAAUGAUAAUACAUCAAAAGGGGAUAACGAUAAUGUUAGUAAUAACUCCUUUGAAAGUAAUAAUGAGGAUGAUAAUAAUUCAGAUGUGUUUGAUUAUAAAAAAGAUAAAAUGUAUAGCAGUAUAUUUAAUAUGGAUAAUACUAAUAAGGAUAAGAAAAAUACAUUAAAAGAUAAAGAAGAUUUGUUAAAAUUAAAAGAAUCUUUACCAAUAUACAAAUCAAAGCAUGAAUUAUUAGAUGCUGUUUAUAAUAAUAAUAUAAUUAUUAUAGUUGGAGAAACAGGAUCUGGAAAAACUACACAAAUCGUGCAAUACUUAUAUGAAGAGGGUUAUCAUAGAAAUGGUAUUAUUUGUUGUACUCAACCAAGAAGGGUUGCAGCUGUAUCUGUAGCUUAUCGUGUAUCUUAUGAAAUGAAUGUAGAUAUUGGUUCGCUUGUUGGUUACACUAUAAGAUUUGAAGAUAAUACUACAAAAGAUACAAAAAUUAGGUAUGUAACAGAUGGUAUUUUAUUAAGAGAAACUUUGAAUGAUAAAGAAUUAGAUAAAUAUAGUGUUAUAAUUAUGGACGAAGCACAUGAAAGAUCUAUUAAUACAGAUGUAUUAUUAGGUAUAUUAAAAAAUAUAUGUUUAAAAAGAAAUGAUCUAAAAUUAAUAGUAACAUCAGCAACUAUUGAUGCAAAAAAAUUUUCUCAAUUUUUUGGUAAUGCACCAAUAUAUAAUAUUGAAGGAAGAACCUUUAAAGUACAUAUAGAAUAUUUAAGAACACCUUGUAAUGAUUAUAUAGAAUGUGCUGUUCAAAAAGCUAUACAGAUACAUGUAUCUGAUAAUAACUAUGAUAACAAUUUUGGUGAUAUUUUAAUUUUCAUGACAGGUCAAGAAGAUAUAAAUGCUACUUGUUAUUUAUUAAGUGAACGUUUUUAUGAAGUGUAUGAAUCAUAUAAAGAAUCGAAAAAUAAUAAAAAGGAUACAAUAAAUAAAAUAAAAAACAUACUAAAUGAAGACAACAUCAACAACAACAUCAACAGCAACAACAGCAACAACAACAGCAACAACAACAGCAACAACAAUAAUAAUAAUAAUAGUAAUAUUAGAAAAAAAGGUGAUGGUGAUAAUAAUACAAAUGAUCAUAUCAUAUAUCCAUUUUAUAUCUUUCCCAUAUAUUCUCAAUUAUCUAGUGAACAACAGAGUAAAAUAUUUAAAAAAUAUGAUUUAAGAAAAAUUAUAGUUUCAACAAAUAUAGCAGAGACAUCAUUAACAUUAGAUGGAAUUAAAUAUGUAAUUGAUACAGGAUAUUGUAAAUUAAAAGUAUAUAAUCAAAAUAUUGGUAUGGAUGUAUUACAAGUAACACCUAUAUCACAAGCUAAUGCAAAUCAAAGAUCUGGUAGAGCUGGAAGAACAGGUGCUGGUAUAUGUUAUCGUUUAUAUACAGAAAAUACAUUUUUGUGUGAUUUAUAUCAAAAUAAUAUACCAGAAAUACAAAGAAGUAAUUUAUCAAAUGUUGUACUUUUAUUAAAAUCUUUACAUGUACAAAAUUUAUUUGAAUUUGAUUUUAUUGAUGUACCAAGUAAAGAAAGUAUUAUUAAUUCUUUGCAAGAAUUAUGGGUAUUAGGUGCUAUAAAUAAUGAAGGAAAUUUAACAGAAAUAGGAAGAAAAAUGGUUCAAUUUCCAUUAGACCCACCAUUAUCAAAAAUUGUUAUAUAUAGUGAAAAAUUUCAAUGUACUAAAGAAAUAUUAAUUAUUGUUAGUAUGUUAUCAUCUCCAUCUAUUUUUCUUGAAUCCAAAGAAAAUAAUGAAUCAAUCGAAUCAAAGAAAGAAAAAUUUACUGUACCAGAAAGUGAUCAUUUAACCUUAUUAAAUAUAUACUUACAAUGGCGUUCACAUAAUUAUUCAUAUAGUUGGUGCACAAAAAAUUUUAUUCAAUAUAAAGCAUUAAAUAAAGCAAAAGAAGUGUACUCACAAUUAAUAGAUAUAAUUAAAACAUUAAAUAUAAAAAAUGUUUCUUGUGAUAAUAAAUGGGAACUUAUAAGAAAAACAAUAUGUUCAGGAUAUUUUCAUAAUGCAGCUAAAUUGAAAUCCUUUUCAGAAUAUAUUAAUUUAAGAACAAAUGUAUCUUGUCAUGUACAUCCAAAUUCUUCUCUAUACAAUAUUGGAUAUACACCUGAUUAUGUCAUAUAUCAAGAAAUCGUUUUUACUACAAAAGAAUAUAUGAGAAAUGUAACAACUGUUGAUCCAGAAUGGUUAUGUGAAUUAGGUCCUCUCUUUUUUUAUAUGAAAAAUUUAUAA